AUGUUAUACUGUGCUUCCCCAUCUCUCUCCGCCGCCUACUCGGUCCCUCACUCAUUCGAUUUCUCCGUGCGGAAGUCUCUGAGGCUUCGUGACCGUUUCUUCCACCGGAUUCACUCCGGACGCCGUUCCGCCCCGGUGGCUUCUGUGAAGAUUGGUGUGGAGGAGAUAGCUGAUCUCGUGCAGAACAAGGUGGGUGUGACCUGCCGCUCUAACUACGAGAGGUGGGGAUCACGGUUAUUUAAAUUGCUCGCGUGCAUUUGUAGGUCUUGAUAUCGGCCACUCUUGCCUGCACAAUUGGCCAGCUAUCCAAGCCUUUCACAUCGGCAUUGAGUGGAAAUGGCAUUGAUUUCGGGGCAGCAAUUCGGUCCGGAGGAAUGCCCUCCUCACAUUCAGCCGUGAGUGCGUUUUCUCAUCUGUUCGAAGAAAUAGGCUCUUCACGCUAGUUUGAUCGAUUUGCUUCACAUAGUGUUAUAAAAAUCCUACAGUGCUAUAAAAAUCUCUACAGCUAACCCCUCAAUUCAUGUUUAUAGAAUUUUCUACUUAUUAACGUUAGACCGUCAAAUCUCAUCCUACAGAGCUAUAAAAAUCUCUGAUUCUUUUUGCAUACUCGCCCUGCAGGGUGUUAUGGCUGCCACGACUUGUCUUGGUCUGGAAAGGUAGGAAAAGGCAUUAGUUUUAAUGUACUUGUGUAUUUUUUUUUCAUUAUAAGUUAAACCAUAUAUUAGUAUCUAAUCACAGUUGAAGUAAUAUCAUUAGUUAAUGCAUUUUAAUGUUGUAAAUGACACGUUAAUCGACUUGUGUAAGUGUAUCGAAAAAGUGGGAUUGCCCUGGCCCAAUCAUUCAAGAAAAUACGAUUCUGUCUCAGGCGCAUGCAUUGCAAUGUUUCUUUUUUCGUGUAAAGUUGAAGUUGGCCCGAGGAGGUAUAGUGUCUAAUAGUCUCACAUUUCCGAGGGAUAAGUUAAAAUUAAAAAUGCACGUUAUCUAACUGUUUUAUGAGUUGAAUGAAGUUCCUGUUUGAUGUACAAGAAUCCGGUGCCAAAGUCUUGUGUUACUCAUCUGAUCAUUUUGAUACUUUUGAAAAAGUCUAAGGUCUCCAAGCAUGUGAAAAAACGUCAAAAUAGUGGUUAAAAAUUGGUUGGAGCAAGUUAGGAAGAUAAGUUCAUUACAUAAAAUUAUAUCAAACUUAGUAAAUUGAUUUGGAAUUAAUCUUCCCUGUUCACCAACAAUAUCUCUGAAAUUUGGAUUGUUUUACGAGUGUAAUUACUGACUUAUUGAUAAUUGUACUUUCUUAUCGCAGGGGAUUUUCCGAUCCAAUAUUUGGUAUGUCUGCCGUUUUUGCUACAUUUGUCAUGUAUGAUGCCCAGGUACCUUUUCUAAUAUAUUUAAUAUUUCUAAACCUGCGAUUUGUUAGAUUUUGUUUUUGGUUGUAUGCGUCCAAUAUGGGUUUAUGUCAUUAGAUUAAUGAAAAAAUAGCCAGUAGUUCAUAGUAUAAGUUUCAUUUAAUGCUCGUUUUGUCUCUCGCUCUCUGAGAACUCGGUCAAUCAUGGAAUGGCGGCCCCAGAAAAACCUACAGCCAUCAGAUUUCACAAGAACUUACAGCGUCAGGAAUGCAGAAUAUUUUACUCAUAAGCUGUUGAAGAAAAAACCCAUAUCGAAAACAAAUGCGGCUUUUCAUUUUUCCCACUGGCAAUAUCUCUUCUUUUGCAUGAUCUGACUUGGCCUGAGAACUUGACAUCUCAAGCAAAGUUGGUUUGCUUUCGGUUGUGGUGAUUAUUAAUGAUUUCUUUUUUCUAGAUUUUAGCGUAUCAGAUGAAUUUGAUGAUUUCUGUGAGAUUUUUGUUCUGAAGUCGUCUUGCUGAUGAUCUGAACUUUGCAUUAUGCUUCAAUUCGAGUUUCACGUAUGAGAAAGUGGUUUGUACCAUAUUCCAUUACUAAUGAUAAUCAGGAAUUUGAAGGUUUAUUCCACUUGAAGUCUCUUCAACAGAAAUUCAAGUUCUCACCAAGAUGCUGACUACUUCCCGUAAAAUGAUCCUAGAAAACGAAAGAUAAUCUCCAUAAACUACUGUUUUGUUUGUCUCAGACUUCAGGCUCGUUCUCAAGUUACUAAUCCAUUUGUGGUCUUGAAUUAAUGCAUGAGGAAAACAUCUCCACUCGACAUAUUUAGUAUUUCUAAGCAGUCACAAGCUCAUGGUCAGACAGGCUGGACAGCUCCAAUCCCAUGAACCAAUAAGCCCCAAGGAAUAAACCACGGAACUGGAGAAAAUUUAACUCAUAAAUUUGGCGAGAUUUGAGAGAGGCAAAUGGAACAGUGUUAAAAUGCUAUGACAUUGACAACCAUCUCGAGAAGUCAAUGCCGGAAAUCAAGAUGACGAAUUUACUGUGGAGAAAUACUGAAUCAGGUUUGAACUCAUCCAAGGUUGCUGUCUGUAUUGACCAGAGUCAACCAUUGAUGUGAGAAUACGUGGCGUUUUCUUGUUGGUCCUGGAGUUCCUCCACUACCCCUCCCCCUCUGAUCUCAAUUUGGAUGAGAAUCGGCCAUCUUUGAGGACAAUAAGAGACCGCUUUUUACCUCAGAAGCUGGCCACUUUGACUAUCAAGUCAACCUUUGUUCAUCUACUCAUUAAUUUUGGUCGUGCAUAUAUGUGUCUUCAGUGGCUUCGUAAUCUCCAAAACGAAACUCCUCUGCCUUUCCGUAUGAGCAGGCUCUGAUUUUAUGCUACCAUUUGUUUUCUCUCUCCCUCUCACCGCACAGUUCUGAUGUUUUCUUCAGAAUACCCAUGGAGAACUUACGUCGAUCUACUGACCCACUCUGGCUGCGAAUUCGUAGGGCGUGAGACGGGAAGUGGGCAAGCAUGCGAAGAAUCUCAACAAGAUAACGAAGCAUAAUCGGGAGAGAUCUAUCCUACUCCAGGAGAAACAGAGCCCAAUCGAUUGCCGUCCUUCAGUCUCACUAAGUACCAGAAGCCUUGGCUCUCUCUCUUCGCCUGAGCAAGCAGAUGGUUACGAACUCGAGCAAGAGGCGCUCCCCAGGAGUGGGCGGGGAAAAUCUUCAAACCCACCCCCAGGAGUGAUCGUCGGGGACGGCUCAUCAGAAAACACGGAGAUUUAUUACAGCCCCUUGGAGGAGUCCGUGGGCCACACGGAGGUGCAGGUCAUAGCGGGCGCUCUGCUGGGUUUUCUUGUGAGUUUAGCCGUCGAAGCGAUAAUUUAA